AUGGCACAUGUUGGAUCAGGAGCUACUCAUGCCGUGGUACCAAACAACAAGAACGAAUCUGUACUGGAAGGUAUGCGAGUCGUCCAAGGCCGGGUGCAAUUUGCAAAAGAGCAUAUCGACCGCCUAUAUCAAUCCGCAAAGGCCAUGGCCAUGGAUCUUGGACUCAGCAAAAGGGAACUUCUGGGAUUGAUCCACGAGACCAUUGACAAAAACAACAUGCAACAGGCAAACGACAUCCACAUUCGUCUUGUCGUAAGCCGAGGACUAAAAUCCACCCCCUACCAAAACCCAAGCGUCAACAUCGGUCUACCACUCGUCGUCAUCAUUCCAGAAUACAAGUCUGUGGACCCCAGCGUCAAAGUCAAAGGCUUGAGACUCAUCACAUCGCACAUUCGCCGCGGCACUCCGGACGUCAAGGACGAAAUGUGGAACCACAUCUCCAAAGCCACCGACAUUCAAGCCUGCAUUGGGGCCAAUGUAGUCGGCGCAGACGAAGCACUCAUGCUAGACCCUAACGGCUUCGUCAAGACUUGCAACUCGACAAACUUUUUCAUCGUGCGCAAUAACGAGGUGUGGGCGCCCACUCGCGCGUAUCAGAUGCAAGGCAUCACGCGCGCCAAAACCAUCGAUAUCUGCCGUGCGAACGGGAUACCAGUGUUUGAGCAAGAUUUUACUUUGACGGAGACUUAUGGAGCGGAUGAGGCUUUCUGCACCGGUACUUUUCCUAGCCAUAUACCUGUCAGAGAGAUUGAUGGGAGGGUCAUUGGCAAUGGUAGCAUGGGGCCGGUUACUAAGCGCUUGAAUGAGCUUUAUAAGCAAGUCGUCCAAAAGGACGUCCGUAGACAGAGGUCGGAGAUUCUUGCCAAGUUGUGA